AUGGCCGACGACUAUGUUGAUUUUAAGCUUUAUCGCUAUGAUCCGUCCAUGGCAGCGGCCGUCAUCUUUAUCAUCCUCUUCCUGCUUGUAACAGCAAUCCAUUUCUAUCAAAUGAUACGCACAAAAGCCUGGAUCUUUAUCCCUUUCGUCAUAGGCGGACUUUUUCAAUGCAUUGGAUACAUAGGCAGGGCGAAAUCGUCGGCCGAAUCACCGAACUGGACGGUACCCACUUACUCGAUCCAAACGAUCCUCUUGCUCGUCGCUCCGGCCCUAUACGCAGCGAGUAUUUACAUGAUGCUUGGACGGAUAAUCCUGGUCACUGACGGAGAGUCUCAUUCUGUCAUUCCGAAGAGAUGGCUCACAAAGAUCUUUGUGACUGGAGACGUAGUCUCUUUCAUCAUGCAAGGUGCUGGCGGAGGCAUAAUGGCGAGCGGUACAGUCAGUGCCUUAAAAACAGGGGAGAACAUCAUCAUCGGCGGUCUGGUAGUGCAGCUCCUCUUCUUUGGUUGCUUUGUGGUCACAAGCGCAAUCUUUCACAUCCGCAUGCGCAAAGUCCCUACAACCAAGAUUCUUGCGCAGAGUAUACCGUGGGAGAGGCAUCUGUACGCACUGUAUGGUGCCAGCAUGCUGAUCCUGAUUCGCUCUCUGUUUCGGCUUAUAGAAUAUGCACAGGGCAACGAUGGGUACCUGAUUUCGCACGAGGUUUUCCUUUACAUCUUUGACUCGACACUCAUGUUGGCUACAAUGGUCUGGCUGGCAUUUAUUCACCCGAGCGAGAUAACAGCCCUGCUCGGAAACGGAAAAGGGAAAGCAGUACGACAUGUAAUUUCGCUUUACUCGCUUUAG